GUCCGAAUCGGUCGAUUUUGUAGUGGGAGCCCUCCGUCCCCUGCCCAUGUCUUGCCAAGGUCCACCAAGCGUACUAGUGAAACUGGUUCUGCAGUGUCGCGAGAUCGCUGCAGGCGAACAGUAACGCGGUACCGCUUCAACCGGCAACAUGGAGGACGGCACGUGGAAGGAAGCCGAUCAGCUGUUCGCUGAGUACAAGUUUCGCGAAGCGUACGAGCUGCUAGUAGCAAGCAGGAAGCAGAAAACGGACCCGGACUACGAAACGCUAUGGCGGCUGUGUCGUGUGGUGUACUCGAUGUCACGCGAGCUGACGGCCGACGAGCAGCUCGCCAAACAGCUGGCCGCACUCAUAUACGAGGGCUUCGAGUAUGCGAAGGAGGCGCUCGCCCUACAGCCGGAAGCGGCCAAGUCGCACAAAUACUACGCCAUCUUUCUGGCGGAAAAGACCGGCAUCGAGGGACUGAAGGAGCGUGUCCUGCAGCUCAGCACGAUCCUGCGCCAUCUGCGGCGCGCGACGGAGCUGGACAGUUCCGACCCGUUCGCUUGGUUUGUGCUCGGUCGCUUCUACCACAAGCUGGCCGGGCUGGCCUGGUUCCAGAAGAAGAUGAUCCACACCUUUACCAACGACAUUCCGGAGGCGUCGUACGAGGACGCGCUCCGGUACUUUGAGCGGGCCGAGCAGCUGCAGCCCAACUUUUUCCCCCUCAACCAUCUGAUGCUGGGCGAGACGCACUGAAGCAGGCGAAAAAGGCUCGUCCGUUUCUUGAGCUAGCGGCCAAUCAGACUGCACCACGCACGGCGGAUGAUCGUGAAGCGCAGCGCGAAGCGAAGGCACUGCUGAAAAAGCUGUAGAUGACGUCUUGCACCCUCAAUCUCAACCAUGGCACACGGUCUCUCUCUUCCUCUCUUGCUUUAGGUCUAUUUUGUUUCUUUGAACCCUCGCAAUAAAUAACAAUAAAACAAAAAAACACAUCCAUUACCGA